ACAUGCAAGUGUUUUAUAACAAAAUCACGGACUGUCUUAGCUACGCUUGAUAAUAAUGGAUUUGACACACAUUUGUAAAAUCCGUCAUGAAGUUUUCGUUGGAAAAGUUAUACCUUUUGACAGUAUAGUUUUCCUUUAACUUUGCAUCGUUUUGCCAGAAUACAAAUACGACCAGUAAAAAUAAUGGAAAACAGUUUGUGCAGCUCAAGCUCCCGGGCACAGAAAGGGGCAUUCAUCUUUGUGGAGGCAUUUCUACAAGGGGGAGCGCCUUGGGGAUUCACCUUGAAAGGUGGCGUUGAACAGGGCGAACCAUUAAUCAUCUCCAAGGUUGAGGAGGAUGGGAAGGCGGACUUGCUGAAGCACAGGCUGCAGGUGGGGGACGAGGUGGUCAACAUCAAUGAGGUGGAGCUGAGCGGGUCCAGGCAAGAGGCCAUCUCUCUGGUCAAGGGAUCCUACAAGACCCUGAAACUCAUCAUCCGCAGGGACGGGUGUUCAGUCAAAGGACCCCCUGAGCCUGGAGCCUCCCUCAGCCCUCCCUUCAGCCACACCGACCCCCAGCACAGCAGGUCGGGAGAGGUUAGACUGCGGCUCAAAAACAGGCGCGGUGAACCAGCAUCCCGACCUCACUCCUGGCACUCAAUCAAAUUAGGGGAAAACCAACAGGACCCCAGCAUGAUGCAAAUAUCUCAGGGCACCAUCAGCACUCCUUGGCACCAAACCUACCCUUCCAGCUCCUCCACCAGCGACCUCUCUGGAUAUGACCAUGGGUACUUAAGGAAGAGUCCGGACCAGUACAGCUCUCGGGGGAGCAUGGAGAGCCUUGACCAUGGUAACCCCGUUUACAGCUGCCACCAGCUCUCCCCAGCGAAGUCCACCAACAGCAUUGACCAGCUCUCCCACCUGCACAGCAAGAGAGACUCUGCCUACAGCUCCUUCUCGACCAGCUCCAGCAUCCCAGAGUACCCAGCCCCGUCCUUCUCCAAAGAGCGCUCCUGCUCCAUGGAGAACAUGCACUCCCAGAGGGGACCUGAAGGCAUGAAGCAGGCUGACAUCAGGUACGUCAGAACGGUCUAUGACCCCCAGCGGGGCAUCUCUGAGGAAAGCGAGGUCAGCUCUUCUUUGCUGGUGCGCAACAGCGAGGGUAAAAUCCAGUCCGACCCAAGGGGAGGCCGUGCAUAUGCCAAUAGCAACAGCAGCAGUAACCGUGCAGUCAACAGGCACAGCAUCGGUCCCGUUUGGGGGCACCCCAACAACAUGAACGAAGGUGACAGCACAAAGGGGCCCCCAGCACCGCCCAUGCGCAGAGACAGCUACGUUGCCAUCAGGAACCACGAGAGACCAAACUCCUGGUCCAGUCUGGAGCAGUCCAGGUCUGCCCGGGCCUCACAGAAGGGAGGGUGGCCCCACUGUGGCAGCUCCAUCUCUUCAGGGAAGUCCUCAUUUUCCGCAGAAGGCCAUUUGCACACUGUGGUGGAGAAGAGCCCUGAAAGCAGCCCCACCAUCAAACCCAAACAAAGCUUCACUCAGGCUCCUCAGCCAGGGAAACCAAUGCUCCCCACAGGGGUCUACCUAGUGCCUCAGCCAGAGCCCCACUAUGCACAGGUCCCAUCCAGCUGUCCCAGUGCUAACACCAUGCUUUACCCAGCACUGGCGAAGGAGAGUGCUUACGGCAGCCAGACAGGCCACAACACCAUUGUGACAGGGGGAGAGGUAAUAGCAGAGAAUGGAUACCAAAGCAACACCACAAUGCCAUCUGCUUUUUAUCAGACAAAGCCCGUGCAGCAGGCAGAAAGCAAGUAUGACGUUUCACAGGCCAAAUGUGGACUUUACAAGUCUCACUUUACAGCUGCUGAAGACUUGUACACAGGCUCCCAAGCACAAAACCAAGAGGACAGGAGCUACAGUUACAGCACAACCCCAAACGCCAGAGAGGGCACUAGUGACUUGUACAGCACUACUCAGCAACCCCAAGUUCAACACAGCGGGGAAAGACAGGCAUAUCCACAGUGCACAGAAGAUCAGACAAAUGAAGACAAGCAUCAAUGGAAAAAGGAAGAAGAGGAAAGCAUAGGUAUACAGUGGACUGAAGGUAGUAAUCAAAUAUGGAAAAAUAACCAGGACAAUGUGGCUUUAUCUCAAGCAGGCUUUGAGGAACCGCAACAACCCAGGGAAACCUACAGCGAAAUCCAACUCCAGGAGCCAUACAGAGAGUUUAAAGAGACUGCCUCUGAGCAUUGGAGCGACCUCAAAGGACACCACAGCAUGUCGUCUGUGUGGCAGCAGGCACAGCCACAACACAAGUAUGAGGAUUCUUCCCAUCAAAAACAGCGUCCCUUGAGCCCAGACUGCACCAGGAGCCAGUACAGCACCAAUUGCACCAAAAGCUCUCAGAAUGGGAAGAACGAAGCAGCCAAACAGCGCUGCUCAGUGCUAGAGAAGGUCAGCAAGAUAGAACAGCUCGCGCUGGAGAAUCAGCGAAUACAGAGCAUGGGCAGCAGCGGCUACAACCCCGGCUUCGUCUACGGACGGCUAAGCCAGUCUUCAAGUGGGAGAAGCUCAUACACCAGCAUUGAUGACAUUCGCAGCAGGUUGAACUUCCCAGAGGGUCCAAGCGCAAUUAGGCAGCAGGCUUCCUCACAGAAUUGCGUUAGGGAAGUGAAGAGCACAAGUGGAUCAGAAGAGCUGAGGCAGCAGCAGCAACAGACAGUAUCAGCCCAUCAGCGAAGGAAGAGCGAGUACUAUUCCCUGCAUAUUCAGAAUGAGCCACAGAGUAUGAUGGCCCAGCUACACAGGAGCAAGAGCACUUUGCAGCUGAGCAGUGAGGAGGAGUGCAAGGAGAACCAGUGGAAGGAUGACUUUUCAGCCCCACAUCGUGACAAGACAUUCAACAGGUCCUACAGGAACAGCAUCAAAGACGCCCAGUCCAAGGUUCUCAGAGCAACCUCCUUCAGACGCAAAGACUUGGAAAUCAGCCCAUCCCAGCUAAACAAGCACAGGUCUGUGGACAGAACUACCUCCGAUCAGAUUGUGAGCAGCACUCCCAGGACUAGCAUGGUGUCACCUCAUGCCCCCAAGGAAAGGCACGUUGUCACUCCUGAUGAGGACAGUAGCAGUCUAGCACCAGAACUCCCCAGCGUCCCCCCAGUAGUGCACCAGAUUCCUCGCAUCGGGGGACGCAAACGACUCACAGCAGAGCAGAAAAAAAGAUCUUAUUCAGAGCCUGAGAAGAUGAACGAGGUAGGGGUGUCGGACAGUGACUCCUCGUCUUUCCCCACACAAAGGAAGAGCAUCCACCACUUGCUUUUCCCAGAGGCGAGCGUGGCAGACCGCAGGAGAAUCUUCGAGAGAGAAAGCAGAACACACUCCGCCUCUACCGCAGCCAGCCUGUCCCGGCCUGAGCUAAAGCAGCUGCAGCAGAGCGCGUUGGCCGACUACAUCGAGCGCAAGAUGGGACGACGACCCUCUGGCAGGGAGCGGCCCCAGAGCUCCUACUUUCAAUCGGUCAACUCCGACUCCUCCCAGAGCCUGUCAUCAGCCUCCAGCUUGAGCUCUCUGCACGACCAGAGCUACUACAGACGGCAGCCCACCAACAAGCAACCAGAAACAGGUAGAAUCUCUUCCACCCUGCCCUCUGGCCUCCUGAGCUAUUUUGACUUGGUUGGGAACCAGUCGAGACACUCUUCUUGCAACAGCUCCAUGUCCAGCCGCCACAAUGGCAAGAGGCAGAUGGGAUACUACAGCUCAGAAAUGGAGCUGAGCACAGCAGUCUCCGCAUCGCAGGACCCCAGCAGGCAACGUAGACUGUCCCACUACACACACCAGACACAGAAGCAGCCUUUCGAGAGGGGGUCCCCGGCUAGCAAUUCAGGGAAGUGUGCCUCUGCCGAAGACCUGCUGGAACGCUCAGAGAACCAGACUGUUGCCAUCCACGUACGUUGCAGAUCGUCAUCUUCAGCUGAGAAGCUAAGUCAGGACUUUGCCAUGGGAGUAAACAAGCUGUUUGGUGGCUCAGUGAAGGAUCCUCUUUCUUCAGCUGGCAGUGGAAACAGACGACCAGAGAAUGAAGACAAAGACAUUAUCCAAAGGAUACUUUCAUCAUCUCACCCUGCCACCAGUUAUGGGGUUGAGCACAACCCCCAGCUUCAGAGCAGCACGCCUGUGUGGAAGGAGAGACACAGGCAAACAGACUCCCAGAGACCCAGUAGCACUUCAAGCCUGGCAUCACCAGCCCCUGUCACUGUGCAGACUCCUCACCACAGUUCAAGGUCAGAAUCAAUAGAACCCACAAAGCCACCAAUCCCCCUGGGUCAAAGCAUCCACAGCCAAACUCUAACUAAAAUGCAGGGCACCGCACCAAACCCAGGUACUGGGCUAGUCAUCAGCAGCAAUGACAGCACAACAAACACCGUCCAGGCCAGCUUGAGGGAACAGAGCUCCCCUGAGAACAAUGCUUCAGAAGAAAUCCUGCAAGACCAGCAGAGGAAAGCCAGGCGCCCUCAGAGACCUCCACCUCCCAAGAUAAAGUGGGUGAACUCAUUCAGCGAAGAAGACAGUCCAUCCUUCCUCAGAGACAAGCUCCAAAGACCCGCGCACGCCAUAGACCAGUACAGCUCUUCCUCUGAGACGGAGACCCUGACUGCGAGCCCCAGUCCCUCCUCCCAGCGGCGCGACACUCUCUGCUCCCUGCGGAUCUCUGAGUCCCGGCUCCAGUCCCCAUCCUCCCCCUACUCCCUUCAGGACGAUGAUGAGGUGUUCAUUUCAGACCCCGCACCACCUCCACCACCUCCACUGGAGCUCCAUGCAGUGCUGGACGGUGCAGAGGACUUCCCUCCCCCACCUGCGCUGCUAGCAUUCACCCAUGAUCAAGCAUGUGAUGUUUUCCACACUGUUCCUGAACCACAGCCUACAAAAAGCAAGAAGAGCUUUUCUAAAAACGUGGCAAGCCAGGCCAGAUUGUCCUCUGCGGGGGAAGAGAGAAGAUUGUUCUCGACACACAUCUUAUCUGAAAGCUCACCUUUGUCCAGUACACCAAACCAGGACCUUGCCUCAUCAACACACAAAGGAUCGCCCGUAGCGCUGGAGAACGAUGGAAGUCUGAGUGUGGACGAGCCCUGGGAAAGGGAGGAGGCUCUGGGCUGUUCUGAAGGCCACCUCAAGGCUCUGGAGGCAGACCACCCCUGCCUGAAGGAGCAAGACAAGUCUGCAGAGGACAUUAAGUCUGAGGAACUGGCCAAAGAGAUCAUCACCAAGGACACUUCUCUAGCUUGCAUCCUGGAUCCCAGCUCCAAACUGAAGACCACUAUGGACCUGAUGGAGGGGAUCUUCCCCAAAGCCAACAUCGUGCUGAAGCAGAACCAACUGCAGAGGAACAAGAAGAGACUGGCCAGCAGAGCCUCUUCACAGGAGGACAAGAGAGAAGACAGGGAAGGAGCUGCACCCUUACUGACCUGCUCAACAAACUACAGCACAUCCAGUCCCAAAGCAGAGCUACUGAAUAAAAUGAAGACCCUGGAGACAGACCUGGACGAGGAGGAGGCACAGAGUGAUGUUAAUGAGAAGAAGUUGGAGCUGGUGAACAGCAUCACCCACAAGCUGGAGGCGCUGCACAAUGCGAAGGAGAGCCUGCUGGCUGACGUGAAGCAGAACAACUCCCUGGGAGAGGAGGUGGAGGCCCUCAUCAAGGGGCUGUGCAAACCCAACGAGUUUGACAAGUACAAGAUGUUCAUCGGUGACCUGGACAAGAUCGUCAACCUGCUGCUGUCCCUGUCGGGGCGCCUGGCGCGAGUGGAAAACGCCCUGAGCAAUCUGGACGAGGAGGCCAGCCCUGAGGAGCGGACCUCACUGAAGGAGAAGCAGAAGCUGCUGCGGGGCCAGCACGAGGACGCGCGGGAGCUGAAGGAGAACCUUGACCGGCGGGAGCGGACGGUGCUGGAAAUCCUGGGGCACUACCUGAGCGGCGAGCAGCUGCAGGACUACCAGCACUUUGUCAAGAUGAAGUCUGCCCUCAUCAUUGAGCAGCGCAAGCUUGAUGACAAGGUCAGGCUGGGGGAGGAGCAGCUCGAAUGUCUGAUGGCCAGCCUGCCGCCAGGCUUGGUGCCCAAGGUGGGGACGCCCACCGCCUCAUCCCCGGCCUGCAGCAGGAGAACCUCGUCCACCAGUCUACUCCCUCCACUCAUCACCUCGCUUUAAAGACCCCAGCCAAGUCAAUGCGGUUGAAUUCUGUUAAUUUGCCAAUACAUCAUCAAGGUCCCCCUCCCCUCUUUUAAAAGCAGAGAAGAUACAGAGGUGUAAAUGAAUACACAUUAGUUCUCCAAUCUGCUCAGUUGCUUUCAAACUGAAAACUGCAAGGCAGGAAUGAGUCGUGCCAGACCCAGCUUAAAACCCUAAUAGAAACGAGGGGAGGGAAAUUGUUAAUGUUUGUUUUUAUUGUAUGUGAAAUUAUAUAGAUAUAUAACUUUUUAAAUUGUGAAGAAAAAUUACAUUCAUGUUUCUUGAACCUUCCUUAAUGUUUGCCGCUUGAAAACUUGAAGAAAAUAUAGGUAUCCUCUGAAGCAAUGUAAAUGUAUUUUGUUCUACCAGUUACUAUGAAGAAGACACUUUUGUGUUCCGUAAUUCUGGACUUUUUAAAACCCAUAGCAGAAGACCAUUGCGAUAACUAUUUAUAAAACAUUUUUUAAAUCUAAGUUACUGUAUAUAUGCUAACCUUUCUCAAGUCUACUUUGUAGGAAAAAAAAAUGUAAUUUUGUACUUUGUAAAAGAAAAAAGACUAUGAGAAAUCUAAAGAUAGUCAUACUAUCGGAUCUAAUGAAGUUUUCUAAUACAAGGGCAGUCUGCUUUCUGUUUCCUUCUUAGUACUCUGAAAGGAUGAAACACUCCGGGCUGCAUGGUGCUGUGUACAGUCAAUAUUAAAGGAUACAUUCCUUAUGAAGGAGCUGUGUGUGUGCUUGGCAACAUUUUCAUUCUGUACUAACUGAAAUACAGUCCAGUUUGUUUCAGCUGUAAAAGGAAGAAUCGGCAGAUCUGGAAAAGAGAGCCAAGAGCAGCAUUUAAAAUGAAACCUCCUUAUAACCCUUUAAAGAUGUUCAGAGAAAGCUUUCAAAAUGCACCAGUAUAAUAUUGUAGGACUUUUUCAACAGCUGUAACAUUGUGAAUAUGCACAUUGAUCCUGAUAUCCUCUUUAUAAUGUCAGCAGAAAUAGAAUGCAGACAGUAAAAGAAUGUUACAAGAGUUAAAUAUCCAGAAUUAGACCAAUUGAUGGGAACAAUUCAUUCUCCCAACACAUGUCAGCUGCACUGGCGCUAUGUUUCAUUUCAUGUAUACAGAAUGAGCAAAACAUUUUUUUUUUUUGUGGUUCAUCAUCAAUCAUUUUGUGUUAAGGUACAGAAUAGUUAAUAAUGUGUUUGAUGAACAGACUGGACUGUAUUGUUAUAAUGAUAACAGUAAUAUUUACUUGCACAUCUUUGGCAUUGCACCUUUUUUAAAUGCGUAAGUAAUAUAUAUAUAUAUUUCAGGUAGUCUUACAAGAAACCUAAUACACUCCAUCCAGAAAAGUUCUUCAGAGCUUUAAACCCUUCUCCAAGUUCACCGUGACAAAAGCAAAACACUCAAGCACAGUGAAAAUGUGGCAAAACACAGGGAAGUGUGGUCAAAUUAGGGUACAAAAAAAAAAAAAAACACAUGUAAAAAAUGUCAACUACUGUGCAAAUAUACCAUUGUAAAUGGGGGUAAAAAAAGACAAUGAAGCUUGAAGCAAAUUCCUCAUUUACACUGUGCCGUUGUUUCUGUUCGUUUAGUUCUGGACACGGUUUGCGCAUUCAUAAAGCUAUUUUGAAUCAGUGCACGUUAUACCCCCGUGCACACAGGUAUGUUUAGACUCUUUUUCAUAAUAUAUUUCUUUUACAUUGGCUUUACAUUGACGUUUCACCUACAGCUUCUGACUGCAUGUGAGUCAGCCAUUCUGCAGUACUGCGCAAAUUUGCUUUACUUCUCGAUGUGGGCUCAGAAAACCGCACUUCACUGUUUCAUUUGUUUUCACUCUGGAUUCAAAUUACCAUCCAAUUCUAGAUUUCAAUGCCGGGGAACACAUUCAUGCACACAAAUUCCCUGUUUUUGCAUCAUGUAAACUACUUUGCAUAUACAGGCAUUAAAAAAAUGUGUGGUUAUCAACA